AUGGAACUCCCCGUACUCAACAUCAGCGGCAACGCCGUGGACACCAUCGAGCUGGACGAGGCCGUAUUUGACGUGCCGAUGAACCAGACCCUGGUUCACCAGGCGAUGGUCAUCUACCAGCUGAACCAGCGACAGGGCACUCAUUCCACGCGCACCCGCGCCGAAGUGUCGGGCGGCGGCCGGAAGCCCUGGAUACAGAAGCACACGGGCCGGGCCCGCCAGGGCAGCAUCCGCUCCCCGCAGUGGCGACACGGCGGCAUAGCGUUCGGCCCGAAGCCCCGAGACUACCGAAAGGCCUUGCCUCGCGCGAUGCGUCGCAAGGCUUUGCAGUGUGUGCUCUCCGAGAAAAUUCGCGGUGACCGCGUGAUCUGCGUCGACUCCCUGGACAGCAUGGACGGGAAGACCAAGUCCAUGAAGCAGGCGCUGGAGAACCUCAACAUCACCGGGUCCGUGCUCGUGAUCACGGAAGAGCCCAGCAGGGCGUGGCACGGGCCGGCGGCAACCUGA